AUGGAAUGUCAAGUUAUUAUUCCGAUGGAUGUUUUGGAAAGUGAUGAAGCAUGGGCUCUAUUUAGAAUGAAAGCUAAGCUUAAUGAAAGAGUUUCAAGGGAUAUUCUUGAGGAGGCUGAGAAAGUUGCGAAAGAAUGCAAGGGUCUACCGGUAGCGAUUGUAACGCUAGCAGCGGCUCUAAAAAGUACAAAGACCCGUAAAGGAUGGGAAGUGGCCCGUAAGAAACUUGAAAGCAGUAGAUUAGUGGAAAUCGGUAACAUUGGAGAAGAAGAAAAAAAUGCCUACUUGUGUAUCAAGAUGAGUUAUGAAUACUUGAAGAAGGAGACGAACAAGAAAUGCUUCUUAUUGUGUGGUUUAUAUCCAGAGGAUCAUUCAAUUAAAGUGGAAGAUUUGGUGCGAUAUGCUUGGGGUUUGGAGUUAUUUGGCAAGGCUGACUUAAUUGGAGAAGUGAGGUUUGAAGUUUUGGAAGCCAUUGAUUACCUCAAAGAUUCUUGCUUGCUGUUAGAAGAUGAAGUUGAAGAUGAAGAUGGAGAUGGUGAAGUUCGUGAUGUUGUUCUAUGGAUCACAUCUGAAGAAAAAAGUGGUUUUAUGAUCAAAUCUAGAUUGGAGUUACUAAAUAAAAGCUCUGAAUCUAGUAAAGCAAUCUCAUUGUUGGACAGUGAAAAGAAAAAAUUUCCUGAUAGAUUGAUGCAUUCAAAGCUUGAGAUCCUAUUGCUUAAGAACUGCGAUGUACAAGGUACAUGUUUUCUAGGAAUGAGAGAACUAAAAGUUUUAAGUCUUACAGUUGUAGAUGAUUACACGGGGUUUAUUUCCUUGUAUGCUCUUAUGUUCCUGCCAAAACUUCGUGUUCUGCAUUUGGAGAAUUUUGAGGACUUUUCGUUCCUUGGAGACCUAAGGACACUUGAGAUUCUAAGUUUGAGUGGUUCAAAAUUUGAGGGUUUAGCAGAUGAAUUAGGGAGGUUGGAAAAUCUAAAGAUGUUGGAUCUUGUUGGUGUUAGACACACUUUAUCCGGAUGA